AUGGCUCAGGAGAAGGAAGUGGCCAGUGGAAUGGAAUGGAGGAUAACAAUGGCAGAUGGGUCAUCUGAAGUAUUGGCUCCUGAUGCAGGUUUUGCCAAAAUAGCCUGGCUUGCUUUGAAGGGUCUGAUUGGAGGGUUGGUUUUGAAAGUGUGGAAGUUCCUGAAGAAAGCUUGGGACUUGGGACAUAAUGAGCCCAGAAAAGUGAUUCAUUGCCUGAAGGUAGGGAUGGCCCUCACUGUUGUCUCACUUUUUUACUACAUGAGGCCACUGUAUGAAGGUGUGGGAGGAAAUGCCAUGUGGGCAGUUAUGACAGUUGUGGUUGUUUUUGAAAACAAUGUUGGUGCAACUUUAUGUAAAAGCAUAAACAGAAUUUGUGGAACUUUUCUUGCUGGUUUUCUUGCCAUUGGCAUCCAUUGGAUUGCAAACCAAUCCGGAGAGGAAUUUGAGCCUUUCAUUACUGGAAUUUCAGUUUUCUUAUUAGGUUCUGCAGCAACCUUCUCAAGAUUUAUACCAUCUGUGAAAACCCGAUUUGACUACGGUAUUAUGAUCUUCAUCCUCACAUUCAGCUUAGUUUCAGUAUCCGGUUACCGGGUGGAUAAAUUAUUGGAUAUGGCCAGUCAAAGAAUCUCCACCAUCAUCAUUGGGACUUCCUUGUGCAUAAUCAUAACCAUGGUUAUUUGCCCCAUUUGGGCUGGGGAGGAACUCUAUAUGCUUAUCACUCGCAACAUGGACAAACUUGCUUGUUCUUUAGAUGGUUGUGUUGCUGAAUAUUUCAAUGAUAGUGGAGGCCUUGCUGAUGGUGAUAAAGAAUCUGAUAAAAAAUUGCUUGGCUACAAAUGUGUUCUAAGUUCAAAGGCAACAGAAGAAGCCAUGGCCAAUUUUGCAAGAUGGGAGCCUGCACAUGGCCGCUUCAACUUCAGGCAUCCAUGGAAACAAUACCUCAAAAUCGGGGCAUCAAUGCGCAACUGCGCUUAUUGCAUCGAGGCCCUCAAUGGUUGUGUCAAUUCUGAAAUUGAGGCCUCUGAGUUCACAAAGAAGCAUAUCAGCAACAUUGCCAUAAAAGUAAGCUCUGACUCCUCAAUGGUCAUAAAAGAGCUUGCAAAGACUAUGAAGACAAUGAAGAAGUCAUCUACAAUAGAUUUCCUAGUUGGAGAAAUGAACAAUGCAGUGCUGGAGCUCCAAGAGGACUUAAAAUCUCUCCCUACUUUGUUCAUUCCACAGCCACUGCAAGAAGCUGAAUGUCCCGAAAACAAGAGCACGGAGCAAGAUUCCAAAAAGGCAGUUCCUCUCAUGGAAAUAAUUCCACUUGUAACUUUAGCUUCUUUACUGAUUGAAAUUGUUUCAAGGAUUGAAGGCAUGGUCAGUGCAGUUGAAGAACUAGCAGGGUUGGCUGAAUUCAAGUCCGUCGAAGAUAGGAAGACUAAUCAAAACCAGACUACUAAUAAAGUUGUACCAGAUCACCAGGGCGCCCUUCAGAGGGUCUAGAAUUUGUAUAAAGUUCUUGGCAGAUUUACGGAAAGGGGCAAAAAUACUAAAGAGAUGAUGUAAAGUUAUACAAAUCUAACAACUUGGACCCCAGUUGAAAUCUGUCAAUUGAAAAUCAUUAUUUGUUCAGUGUGUAUAUUUGGAUCUGAGAUUCCGAAUGCAUAUGGCUACUGGACUUGUUCUGGCAAACUAUCACUAGUGUACAUGUAAUAGCAUUAUGCUU